AUGAGCUCUUUUACGGGAAAAUUCCGGGAGUAUCCUGCAAUCUCUGCAGACAAUUUUGAGAAAGGGAAUCUUGAUAGUGUGGCAUUUUUUCUUUCUCAUUGUCACAAAGGUAUAAAGCUUAUUCGUCUUUACUAAAAUACAUGCACUGGUAAAGAUUUCCGCACAUUUUACAGUUUGCGUGCUCCAUCAUUAGUAACCUUAAAUGGGGGCCUGUACGGAAAUGUUUACCCUAGGGGCACAGAUUGAGUGAAACAAACAAAAGAAACAAACAGAAAUUGACAAACCUCGUGGGGAGAUGUUAUUGUCUACUACCUUAAUUUGUUUCUUUUGUUUUGCAUAAUCUGUGUUCUUACAUAAAGUAGUUUUUGCUCCCCUGUCCUGAUCUUCACUGUGAUUGGUCAUUACAUAAUCAACAUUUCUGAAAUUUUUUGAUGUUCAUGGUUUUCUGAGUUUGACAGUAAGAUCUCACCAAAUAUGACAUUUAUGUGGUUCUGUAUAAACAUUGGAAAGUAGGUGAAAAGGAGAGAGGUGAAAUUAUAGCAAAUUUGUUUCUUGUUUGUAUUUCACUCAGAUCAUAUGUCUGGAUUGGAUUCUUUGGCUUUCCAUGACAGACUGAUGACAAGGUAAGAGAAACCUUGGUGGAUGGUGAUUUUCCAUCUGCAAGGUGUAGAUAUUAGAUUUGAAAAUAAUGUAAUGCAGUUUGUUGUUUUGGAUAACUAGUAACUUUUGAUUAAAGCAUUUUCCACUUUCCUGUGGAAGAAAAUUAAAUAUGUUCCGAUAUCUUGCAUCUUUAACAAGUCACUGGAUUUGUGCUCAGGCCAAAAAUAUUUGCUUUCUUUGUUCACCAAGGUAACUUACGUACUGAAGGUCCUCUAGGAUCAUAACCCAUCAACAUUUUAAAGUAAAUUAAAAAUGUAAUUUAAAUUUUAAUUAAAGUAACUUCUCAAACUGUAAAUAACAAAGUACUUUAUUUUAAUGUUAAAUAUUCUUUUUCUCUCACCAGCAAAACUGUGUUUGUUUAUUGUUCUGAAACAACCCAAAAUCUGUUAAUGUGCAACCCAGCAUACAGUCACCUGAAGGAUUAUAUUGUUAGUAAAAUAAUAUUUCAUCAUCCUUUCUUUCCCAUGGAAUGAGCAUUAUAAUAAGCAUGAAUAGUCAGGAGUCAUGUCAUGUCAUAUCAUAAUAUUACAGUGACUGGAUCAAAGUCAGUCAAAUGACCAUCAGAUUCCAUUUUCAUCAUUGACAGACAAUUUAGGCAGCCUGCUGUUUGUUUGGUUGUUUGGCAAACUUUGUUUCUUACAUAGUAAACUUGUUUGUUUGGAGUAAGUCAUUUGUAAUGACCAGACUGUCCUGUACACAGCACAUGUAUAUACAUGUAGCAUUGUUUAUGGUGGAAAGUGCACUUAGCUUACCCAGCUAGUUUACAGGCACACCACUCAAAUAAUUCUCAAAUAAAUAAUCCAAAUAAAGCAUAAAAGUUGACUGAGGGUUUGAACUCAUGACGACCGAGAACAAAUCCAGCAAGUGGAAGAGCAGCACACGAACCCAGGAAUGCCGGAUUGUGGGUCCUACAUGCUGACCACUCAGCCAGUCUCUGCCUCCUUGUUUUAUAAUAUUGGCUGAAAGAUAACAAAAUAUCUUCUUUUUUUCUCUAAAUGUAGCACAGUAUACCUUUGGAGCAACAGACCAUUAUUCCACUCUUUGAUGAGAAGACUGAAGAGGUGUGUUAAAACUUCUGGUCAUUUUUUAAUUCUGUUAUGUAUUAUAAUGUUUGAUUUUUUUGUGUGUUUGAUUAUAGUUUCCACAGCAAAAUUCAAUUUGUGUAACACUCCUCCCUGCUGGUCAUUGUGUUGGUUCCGUCAUGUAAGUAUUCUAUAACAGUAUUUAUGUGUGACUGUAAAUGUAACUCAGGGAAGGUUAAACAUAAGCAUUAAGGUAAUGCUGGCCAGCAGUCUCCUUUGCUAUUUGUAUAUGGGGUGGUCGUAGGGCGUCACAAGGGCCAUGCUCCCAUUUAAGUCAAAUCAUUUUCCUCAUGUUGCCCUUCCCCAGCAGUUGGUAAAGCCCCCCCCCACCCCCUUCCAGCCUUCCCAUCCCUCUCUCACUGUACACUGUAAAAGUGCCUGAUAGUUGACCUUCACUCUGUUGUUAUGGUUACUGCCUUCUUGCAUCUCCUUUAACUUGUUCGGGCGUCUUAUCCACAUCUAUCUAUUUCUAUUAGUGAUUUGUCUCAAAGAACGUUGUAAUAAAUUCAAACCUUGGUUAUCUGGAUAAUGAUACCUAUAAUAGGUAAUUACUCUUGAUAAAGUUAUGUUGCCAUGGAAAUUUGGCCGAAAAGCAGCGCAUGUGUUAAAAGUGACAAACGGCGUUUAACUGAAUUAUGAUUGGCUUAGAGCUGUUUCCUUGCUAAUUGCAUAGUGCCUGACAUGAAUCUCUAAUGCAUUAAAACGAGAUGCAACUAGUGAGUUAAAUUACAUGUUGAGGAGGUACUGUUUAACUUUAUUGUCUGGAUUUGUCUUUGAUUAUGAUGUCCAUAGGUUCUUAUUUGAAGGCCAACAUGGGAGCGUCCUUUACACAGGUAAGAGAGGUUGAGAAAAAGAGUCUGCAGUUACCAGCUCUCUCUAGGACAGAUACCAUUGUUUGGAAGAUACUGCAUGUAGCUUUCCAUCUAAGAAAGAUUUCCGCCUUAUAGAGAGUCGAUUGCAACGGCUGAAGAACUACUGGAAAUUGCGGUCGUUUCGCCCGAAGGGGGCCGCUAGGACUUCAGACGAUUCGCCCGAAGAUAUGCAACACCCUUCAACAUGGUGAACCUUGGGUUUCACAUGUGCAGUCAUUGUCUUUCCAUGCUUAUUCCUUUUCCUCAGGCUUAAAGAACAACAAAUACACAUCGGACGAAUCGACUUAGUCUGGGCGAACUGCCAUCGGGUGAAACGAUCUGAUACCGCUACUGGGAUCAAUACUCCAUGUCCCCUUUAGGGAGUUGUCCGCCAUAAAGGCAGAUAGAGACACCUGUAGGGACAUAAAAAAAGGACUUUUGAACGGCAGGGAGCUACCGUUUUCGAGUUGUCCAUUUGACGUCUGUUAGAAGAGAGUUAGUUGACUGUGCAUGUGAUAAUGACGCAUGGAGGGGAAAAGCAUUGAACUAACAGGAUCAACUUCUUACGAACCGCGAAAAACAAACAAACAGCAUCAUCAGUUAUUGUGAUGGAGACAAAUAAAUGGUAGUUAGAUAGACAGGAAAUGUUGAAAGAGUCCUUGGAAAAAUUAGACAAAGACGUCAUGAAUUUAUUCACGUGCUCAUUAAACUUUAUACAGCCUUCUUUCGAGUUUGUGUCGCAAGAUCAAGGCUUUAAACAGAAAAAUAAAAAAUGGCCAAACUCGCACCAGAACAAACGAAAAACAGGCAACAUGUGAGUUAUUCUACAGGUUAUGGUUCAGGAAGAAGACGAGUUACUCAGCUCAUAUUCCUUUGCUUUGGUUAUUUACAGGUGACUUUCGUUUAGCAAAAGGUGAUGUGAAGAGGAUAUCCUUUUUUCAUGUUAAUGGCAGGUUUGUUCGUUACCUAAACCCCUUUUUUUGCCACUGAGAUACGAAGCUGUGUAAUACACCACGUUAUCCCAAAUGUUCAUUGGUUUGGGAUGCAAGUAUGUCAAGUAUUUAUUCAAACGAAGAUCAUUUCUAAUUUUAUCGUAUUAAAUUUAACUACGGAUUGGAAAAAGGCUUUGUCUCAGGUUAUCUUGUAGUUGGUUUGAAAGUCAAGAACUUGCCUUUUAAUUUGGAGUUUCAGCCAUGCACAGAAUUGAAUCCGGCAUGAGUGACCGUUCGAGUGGUGACAUAUCACCUUAAUUUUUGCCCCCUCGGUUAUUUCACAAAAUAUGUUUCGGGAUGAUAAAAAUGUUAUUGUAGAACAUUGUUUUUCUUAUAAACAUGCCUGCAACAAUUUAUUGAACUUUGAUGUUUACUUUCAAUUUCAGUAUAAAGGAUAUCAAGAGCAUCUACAUUGACACAACAUUUUGCCUGCCAAAGAUGAAGUCACUUCCCAGUCGGGUUUGUAUGUGUGUUUGCUUUAUCACACACAUUUAACUGAACGGGGCUUUGAAAUUCCUGAGCUGAUCACAGGUGACAGUUGAUAAAGUUUAUUUUCUUUUUUUUGUGUGUCUCUAGGAACAAAGCCGAGAUGCUAUCAUUGAACUGAUAGAUAGGUGAGUGAGCUGGUACUGUUUACAGACACUUCGCCACUAACCAAAUCGCCACCAAGAACGGACGACUCGCUAUCAACGAAUGACUGAAAUGAUUGACACAGUUAAAUACCUAGGAUUGCGUGGCAGUUUCUCAGAAACAUGAUCAAGAAACGGUUAAGAAAAAAUUUAUGUUCUUGAAAGUUCUGUAUACUUGGGACUUUUUGAAACAGUAAAGCUAAGUUUUAUUCUUGGUGGCGAGGUGACGGCGGCCAUAUCGCUGGCACUGAGCCUUUAGGUCUCCAUCUAGUACGGUCCUGAAUACGGUUAUUUCGGAAAGAAUAUUUCACUUUUGAGCCAGGGAAUAAAGUAAACGGCGCCUAAACUUUACUUGUCGGAUUUAAGCAGAGUUGAGACCAUUAUUGUUUUGGCUCAAACCUAUAUUUAUUUGUAUUUUUAAUCAUGACCUUCAAAUCAAGCCAAAAAGAACAUUGCCCAGACCCUAUUUCUCUGAUUUUAAUAAGUUAAACCUCGCUCGAUUUGACAUUUAAGCUCAACACUUUAUAUCUUGUCUCUAUUUUAUUUACGCGAGAAAAAUUUAGGUGCGUGUACACGCACGUAAAAAUUACGCGACAGUGGAAAUCCACCCCUAGGAAUAAAAAUAUCUUGGUUGUUGAAAAAAUUUGUAUACAGAAUUGGUGCACAUUUUGUACUUCAUACUAAAGAGCGUGCACCGAAAAAGUGGAUUAUUUCGGUCCCUUCCUUACUACUAUGUUACUGUACAAGACUAGUACCAAGUGAAGUAGCUAUUUAUGUAAUUUCCAGAUUGGUGGUAGAUUGAGGUGCUCAAGGGGACAUGGGAUGGGACAUGACGUCACUGAUUUUCCGCGCUUCCUUUCCGAUGUGUUCCCGUGCGAUUCUCCCGCACUGAAAAUCAAAGUCUUUUCGGUACAAACUCAAGCAGUGAAAUUGAAGUAAACUGCACAAAAAAUUCGAUCACUUCAAGAAUAGUUUGCGCGUGAACAAGAAAAUCAUCUUGGUUCUUUAAGCCAAGUACAUGGAACUAUCUACACCUCGACCGAACAAAAUUGUGUCAAAACGACCUGUAACCAAAUAAAUAACGACAGAGUACAAGUCUGCCUCUGUACCUGGGGAGUUUGUCAAAUAUACCUGUAAACCUCUUCAUAGGUGGUUUUCACGUGGUCCAGAACAUGUCGUGAGCCUACUAUGCAAAGGAAUGUACGGAUAUGAGUACCUACUCAAAGAGGUAGCCAUGAAGUAUAAAAUGAAGGUUAGUUUCUUACAGAGCUUCUUGCUUCUGCAAAUUGGCCGCCUGUAAGGGAUUCUUAAGCUGAUUCGUUGAGGGCUUGUUCUUUGUCCGCGCAAAUUGAUUAAGCGUGUCUGGCCACUGGAACUGGAGCCGAAAUGCGUCCCGCAAGGGUUUCUGGGAUCGCUACGGGUGACGCACCGGUCAGCUGUUGGCCAUUUUUUUUUUCCCUGUCCCUCGUGACAGUCCCAGAAGUCUUUGCAGGAGUCAACUCGGUCCAGUUUCCGUUAGACUUUUAGCAGACUCCUUCUAGUUGUCCCAAUAGUUACCGAAGUAGCGCGCGUAACAUACCCGCGAGAGGCGAAUGGGGUGACGCGCGUAAUACACCCCGCGUUGUUUUGCGGACGUGCUCGCUGGGAUAACAACUUGACGGAUUUCAAUUAUCGCUAGAUCCAUGUAAGUGCUGAAAGAUUGGCCAUGUACAGGUAUCUUCCAGAUAUGACUCCUUACUUCACCACUGAAGGACGAUCCACUAGGAUUCACGCUUGCAGUUGGAAGGUUGGCAGUUUCUGUUAAUAGUUACACGUGUUUAUCAGUAUGUCAUGAAAGUUAGGUUCUGUUCAUGUUCACACGUAGCGUGCGAUCAUGCUCUCGCUAUCUCUGUAUGUCUUUCGUGUAAGGUUGAAAUAUUUAUGGCAUUUUAUUGUGUAGCGAGAAAAAGGCCAGUCAAGCGUGAGAAAUCAAAACUGCAAACAUCUUUUAGGUUUGCUCGCUUUUCAAGACAAGAGUUGUUAUUGGUUAGUACUCAAUUCAAAUCAAAGUGUUCACGUUCUCUUUUUUACCCCUUCUUCCCCGUCCCCCCUCCCCGCAACCAUUCACUGUAUAUCCCUUGUGUGGGCACCCAUCAUGGGUCUAAGUGUCCCGUUCGUGUCUUUCCCUUUUGGGCAUUAGUCCAUUCUUUACCUUAUUUACCACUUUUUUGUAUCAUGUAUGUAUAUUUCAUUCAGUUUAAUCACGCCCAAUGAAUAACGUAUGGAAUAUCAAAUAUGGAAGAACACAUGUUGUGUACUUUAAUUUUUGUAGUCUAAGCGACACUGUGAAUCAGAUCUCCCCUGUGGAGUAACAACUCAGCCUUCCCUUAAGAUGAAAGUGCUGCGAAUAAAGCCAACAACCAUGUGGAUUGCACGUGACAAAGGACCAAUGCCAGCUGACUUCAGAAGGUGAAAUUGAAAAUAGUACGCAGAGCAUUGCAAACUUGAUCCAGUUUCCGUGCCACCUACAAUUGGCCAAGGAAGUUAGCGUCACGGAGUUUUGUGUUACUUUUCGCGCGUGACAUUUUUUGACCUUAGAUGUAGCCGAUCACGUUUCGAACACGUGAUCAUGUGACACUUUGAACGGAGUAGUUUUUCGAUUUAGAGAAUUGUAAUUUUGUUGAAGGCACGUGUAUCGGUUUAGAAGCCCGUUACUUUUGUGGAACCCUAUCGUUUUUGGCAAGUGUAUCGGAAUAGAAGCCCGUUACUGUAGAGAUCUGUUGGUUUCGAAUAAAAUCUAUCAUAGUUAGCGAUGGCUUGCACUUGCAAAUUUAGAAUUGCCAGUGAUCAGGGACCUUAAGAUACACCGUUCGUGUCAGCCUGUAGGUACCAAUAUGGGAACAUGUUUCCCACGUAUUUACAGCUAUUUCGAGAAAGGUUGUCGGAAAAAGUGCACGCGACAAUCCCGAAAUGUAUUGUGGGUGGUUUUGAGUUCACUGUUCUUCAUAGAAAUUUUGAAAGAAUGGCACGAGAGGCCAUGGACUAUGUUUUCGAGUGUUAAAGCGAAGCAGCAAAGGUAGGUUCGACAGUUACAGUCGUCAGAAACAGUGUAGUGAUUAUAUCCCAUAUUGCCUUUCAGGAUUGUCGCGUGCACUUUUUUCCGACAACCUUUCUCGACAUAGCUGUAUAUUAAAAGGGGACAAUGUUUACCCAUUAAAUGUCGUAUUUGGAUGAUCACUUUAGCCGGUCUUGUCGUUUCUUCUGGGAAACAAGUAAUCUACCCUUAUUUACGGCUAUCAGUACGGGUCAGAGUUUUAGUUACCCGUACGUGUACACGAAAACCGUCUUUAAUACCCUCCACCCUGCUGUAACUUCUAUGUUUGAAGAGUAAUUUCUUUGUCCCUACAGAUAUGACAAGGGCAAAAGACUGUGGAGGGUAGUUCAUUCGAUGCAUGCUUCAAUGGAAGAGGUAUACAUACGCUUUUGUACCUGCCUAUUUUUUUCUCCGUCCUUUGUUUUACCAGAACUAAUAAACAUGAACCAACAUGGGCAAACAAAUGUUUUCGUAUCAUGCAAUAGAUCUCUUACGCGAUAUUCCUCAGCACCUGAAAGACCUCAUUUUCCUUUUCCAAAGAAAUAAAACGUUAUUUGCUGUCAGAACAAUCCCUGAAAGUAACCUGAAUAGAAAUUUCAUUAUUAACUAUAACUUAAUUAUGCUGUUAGUUCUUCUCCCCUUGUCUCUCUCUUUUUUUUUACUAAACGAAUUGUAUUAGGGGCUAACUUGAAAACCUCACUGUUCCUUUAGCCUCUAGGCUCCAAAUAAUUAAUUACUAUUCCCUGUUAUCCCAUUGUAAAUUUGUAAUGUAUAUAACCUUUUUCUUGUAAUAAUUCCAAGUGUCUAUUUUUCCCAGAUACAGGAUCUAGUACGUUACCUUAAACCCUACCAUGUCUAUCCCAAUGUACCACCAGCGGGACUGGAAACAUUGGAGGACGCCUUUGAAAGGUACAGUACCCUGGCAAAUGACCUGGGUUAAAAACCUUCGCAAUUCCUGGGGGAAGAAGCAAAACUUGCCUUUUUUAAUUUAGCACUUGAGCGUCUCUCUUGAUGUAAAGGUAAAGAGUCCUUAUUUUACGUCGGUAGCUCGAAAUAGUCAUCUGACUAACAAACCCAAGGCCAAUGGUGAGCACAAAAACAUGUUUAUCGUGUGACGCGGGAUGAGAAAAGAAUAAUCUGCCUCUCAGAUACCAGUCAAACUGAACCCACUAUACUAGGUGUCGCUCUGGCGAUGAACUGCAGAGGGACCGAUGGCUGGUGGAGCCAUUUACUAGGUGUGCCAUGCGUUCCGCUAGGAUAAGGAAAAUCAAAAGCGACCGUUAUGGUGAUGGAUGUUUUCUGCACUUUUUCAUUUUCCCUUUUUGUUUUCCCAUACACUUAAAAACAGCUAACAGCCUCAAAUGUAACUGUGACCAGAUUUGUAGAUUCAUACAAGAUUCUGAUCGAGUUUGCUCCACCUUUUGAUAUUCAACAGACUCAGGGGACUCACUCGCCUUCGUGAGUGCGACUCUUGCAACCAAGAUGAAUCGGGCGAAGAACGCUUUCAUGAACAAGCUGCUUGUCACGACGCCGAGGAAAAGAAAAAAUGCGAAAAGACGGAAGGGUCAAUAAAACUGUUGCAGGUCACUGAACAAGUCCCUGACGAGAGAGGUAAGUGAUUUUCGAAAUGAGAAAACUGGAGAGAAAACCAGGAAUGUCUCUGGGGAUUUUGAGAUCUUCGAUCUUCUGAUUCGAAUUGAGGUUUAGAACCCGAGGAUAGCAAGGAAGGACUCAAGAACUUCAACUAACCUCGUUCCCAGGGGACCAAAAGACUUAAAACCUCAGAAACGAGGUUGGACUUAAAGUUCCGGUCCUUUAUACAAGGACUUUCUGUCGUGUCGGAUUUAGAAUAAGGAAGAUUUUCUUUGGUACAGAUUCCACAGAAUCCGGUAACAUUUUUUAAUGGUGUACGGUUUCACGUUAAUUGCGUUCGACCAAAAGAGAACGCAACCUGAUACUGUCUUAAUUUCAAUGUCGAAUAUCGAUGCCAGGUGGCCUCCCCAAAAAAAUAUUUGCAGAGGCAGCUUCGAUCAAGUGCCACUAUCGCCUUGGAACGAGUUUUUAAACGAGUCGAUGCACACUUAUCUUUAGCUAGGGAUCGAGUCAGUGUCGUUUUGCGAACGUUUACUGGCCCUAACGUCCCAGGUUAAGUUUUAGGUAUCUCUACAGUAUUGAUUUCUGUAACGUUGUUUAGAAAAUCUAAGGUUAUUCCCAAUCCUGAACCAAAGAUGAGGACAAACAACUGUCCACAGCUGCCAUUGGACUGUGCUCUUUCGUGCGGUAUAUAGUUAUGUAGUGGGUUCCCUGUGCCACAUUUUUUUUGUUACUAGUAUUUUCCUCUGAAUAAUAAACAUAAUAAUCAUAAUCAUACAAAUAUCCUUUCUUUUCACUUUACAGUUCUUGCACAAUGCCAAGAACUUGGAAUUGACGAGGAUGAGAACAUUGCGCCAGUUCGAAAAAGGCGUAAAGGCAAAGCAACCAACGUGAUUUUAGAGGAGAAGGCAUCCACAGCGUUACGACAAACAGCAGAGUCUGUGUGCAGCAGAGAUUGCACAGAAUUGCCAGAUGUUUGCAGUAGUAUGCCGGUGAGGUCAAGGAAUAAUCUGGCUAUGAUGAAGGGUGAUCAAAUUGACAGCAGGAAGUUCCGGGACGGUGUGACUGAAAGAAGUCCUAUUUUUCGUGACACGACCACGAGAUACCUUGAGUCAAGCAACACGUGUGACUCAGUGCCACUCCCUCUGUUGCGUGACAACUCCAAAGAACGGUGUGAUAACGAUGGGGAUAGCCAAAAACAACUUACACAGUUGGAUGAGGCGGCAUUAAACAAGUGUAGAACUGUGAUGAGGGAAGAUGAUCAGGGCAACAUCAUACAAGUUUUGAUUAGAGAAGAAUGGAAAUUUGCUCCCCAGUCAAAAGCUAAAGCACCUGACUCAGAAUGCUUCAGGAACGAGGUUGAACGCGCUAUGGAAGGAAAGAAUGGUGUUCUCUUUGAAAAUAAUGAUGAUAAUUCUUCUGAUCUAAAUGCAAGUCAGCCGAGAACAGAACUUCGUAAAAAAUCUAAUCCGGACAGCGUUGAUGAAAUACCAAAACAGACAAUAAGUGUCUUACCGGACAGUUUUAUUAUUGACAAAAAUACCGCAGCAAAGGAAUUCGUUCCGCAGGGUGCAGGUUCGGAGAAACCUUACAUCCAUGGAGGGAUAGGUGGGGAGUUAAAUGGAAGUUUGAUUGAUUUUGAUGUGCCUCCCUCCCCUGGGCAUGUUCCGCCACACCCUGAUAGGCUAUUUUCGAUUCAUAAGUCGAUUCACAAUGAUGAUGCUCAGUCCAUCACUAAAUCAUUGAAAUUUUGAAGAUUAUGAACUUUAUUUAGCGUAGGACACGUCGAAAAGAGCAAUAGGACAAUGAAUGAUUAUCGCGAGGAAAGCAUGUAAAGUAAUCGAGAUUUAUUAACCCUCUCAAUAGGCUGUUCACAGUCCCCUAUUUUUCCGUAAGAUCCUCGAGAUCGAGCACUUUGCGUUCCGGGCGGCCAUCUUGGAUGAGUGUCAAAUCUACUUAGGAGAUGGGGAUGUGUGAACAGUCUACCCACUCAAGCGCCUACCACGUUACCCGGUUUGAAUUUCUUUCGGCUUUUAUGAGAUUGAUUAUAUAAAAGGUGCUGGCAUUGAAUCACGAUACACGUAAAAUAUAUAAAGUUUGAGGUAUUUAUUGGAUUACGUAAUUGUAUUUAUUGCAAAAUGAUUGAAUAUUUAAUGUCUCGAAUUAGUGAACAUUUUUUGGAAAUUCGAAGUUAUACUUAGCAAAAAGAGCAAUUAAAGAGUGAGCGAAAGUGGCAGUUUGAUUACUUGUUUAAUGCAGCACAAUUAGAAUCAGUGACCAUCACAGGCAUUUGAAACCGCUGCAGGACAUUCAGCUAUACACAAGCAAGUAGCCUGCGUAGCAAGCAUUUCCGUGCGGUUUCGGAGCAAAGAACGAGGAACGAGAGUCAAAGAGCACGCGAAAAAUGGGGCGAGUAAAAGAGCGGGGGUUGGCCUUCCUUCCCCUCCACCUCCUCCCUUUCAUUUUUUGGCUGUCGUUCCAUUCUUAGUGCAGCCAAAACUGAAAAUUCUGUUCCAUGUCGUUCCUUGGUCUUUCUUUGCUCCGAAACCACACGGAAACACUUGCUACGUAGGCUAACAAGACAGUAACAGCUUGUAUAAUCCUCAGUGAAAUGUUUGCAGAAAUCACUAGUUUGGUGAAGCUGUCUUCCGUACCCGACUGCUGGUCUAGAGGAACGUUGACUCUAAUUUAUAACAUUUAUGACACUGUGCCAGUUUUAUGUGCAUAAUUACACAUCUCUCUGACAACAGGAGCCCAUUGACCCGCAAUGCAAAUUUCUGCUCGCAAAGGCACUUAAACAAGCACAUCAACCGACAGAUUUCGAAAGAUAUAUCUAUUUCCGUUCCCAUGGAAAAUGCCCGUCACGAUAAAACGAAUGUCGCAAAAAAAAUACGUCGUCGAACAAAUGCGAACUACGGUUUCGACCUAACUCCGACAGACUCGAAUUACUUACACUGAACAGUGUUUCAAAUGAAACCGUAUAACCAAAACAAAUGCAACGUCAGGAAUUUAGCUGAAAAGGCUAAGUCUCUUAAUUGUAUUAAAUAUGAGGUGCCAGAUCAGAAAGGUGCUGAUAUGUUGUUCGAGUACAGUUUGCACCAUUUUUCUUGUUUUGUUCUAUAUCAUGCGCUUACAGACCUCUUAUUGGAGUUUAAAAUCAUCAUGGAAUUUCAACGAGACACGUGUAUCAGUAAAGGUGGAAAGAGUUCCUUUGCUUUUAUGGAAGUCACGCGAACGCAAAACAGUGCUUGUUACAAACAGAACUUGCGAUCAAUAUUACCAUCUCCUUGUUCUUGUCAGUUCCGCGCCAGCUCAUUUGGAUCGAAGAGAAAACAUACGAAAAACAUGGGCGUUCGAUGAGCUCAAUCGACGUCUUUGGAAAACCGUUUUUAUUGUGGGACAAACUAAACUAAAAGCCCUGUCGCAGUUAUUGCUGAAGGAGGAAAAAGACUUCGAGGACCUAGUGCGUGGAGAUUACAAUGAUCACUACGAUAAUUUAACGUUUAAGAUACAAACAGGAUUCGAAUGGGCAGUCAACUACUGCGAAUUUUCUUUUCUUUUAAAAGUGGAUGACGAUUGUUUUGUUCACCCCUUGCGACUGGUGUCGUAUUUCAAUAGGCCUACAACGCCCAGCAAAGGCCUCUACACAGGCAACCUUAUGCACAAACUGAAACCUUUGAGACAUAAGGGGGGGAAAUGGUCUGUUACAUACGAACAAUACGAGGAUUAUUACUACCCUGAUUUUUGCUCAGGAUUUGGGUUUGUUUUAUCUCACGACGUAGUAGCUCUGUUCGUCGAGGUUCUAGACCUGAUACCAGUCUUCAGAAUAGACGAUGUUUACGUGGGUCUACUUGCAAAAGAAACUGGGAUAACUGCCACGCAUUCAACAGGUUUCGAACCGAGUGUUUCGAGUCCUAAUGAAUUAUGCAUUCCCUUGUCUAGUACACUUGUGAGGCACGGCACACUUGGAGAAUGUCUGGAAGAGAUUUUUAAACGUUCCAUUAUAAAAGCUGAGCAAGCAUGA